GCUGCGGUGGGGGAAACCGCAAACGAUCUCCUAAUGCGAGACAAAGCGGCAUAAAGUGCUGCAAUCAGGCAGAUUUUGAACAUAUUCUCCUUCGUUUCAGUACGAAAGGACAUAAAGUGCUUAUAAUUCCACUGACUUUUCAGUCGUUACCAAUUAUUAUAGAACAGUCUUGGUGCCAGUAUCAACGGCAAAACUGCUUUAAUGAACGCCUUACUUUUGCCCAGAGUUUAAAAAAAAAAAUACUCGUACAACAGAUGCUGUGUUGUAAGGUGGUGGAGAAUAAGGAAAGAAACAUUUCUGUGUGGAAGUUGGAGACGCUGAUUGAUUUAUUGCUGACUCAGUGCAAAAGCUUAGCAAAAUGUUUGACACGAAGACCAGGAAAAGCACGAUCGCUUCACCGUUGUGGGCUGUGGUUGGUCUGUACUGUUCAGAUGACAGCGACGACGAAGGUAAUGUGGACACCAUGGAUCACAAAGAACCCUCCAAGAGUCGGAGAAACUCCACUGAGUCGGGUGCCUCAUCGAAGUCGGACAAUAUGCGCUUCCAUUGGUGCCGAAUCUUCUACCGUGCCAGAUCCAGAUCCCAGCGACGACGACUCCUCUUGUGGGGAGUGACCUUGGCAUUGGUCAUAUGCCUCAUGUACUACAACCAUCAGGGUCUGGAGACGCUGUCGCAACUGUCAUACAACAGUGCAGCUGGGGCCUUCAACGCGCAACCUAACGAACUGGUGGGUCGGCAGCCACGGGCCGUGGGACAGGAGAGUGCUAAGGACGUUGCCAAAGACGCCAACAACGAACUUAACGAUGGCGCCAACGACGAUGACGACGAAAAGUCGGACCUUCGGUCCGAUCUGGCACCGGCAACGCUGCACUUUUUAUGGUGCGGGCGGCGCCAUUUUGAAUUUCGUCACUACAUGGCCCUGAGGCGAGCCGAUCGCCUGGUCCGUCCUGACAAAAUCUACUUCCACUACGAACACUUGCCGCUGAUCGACCAGGAAGGCUACUUUCUCUGGUUCAACCGAACCCUCGCGGAUGUGGACAAUAUCUUGCUGAAGCCUCUGAAUUACACCGGGUGUCCCACCGAAGGGGCUGAGAGGUACAUUCUCGUCCUUGACCUCCUGGAGAAGUUUGGUGGCAUCUACAUCCCAGAGGACGCGAUUCUUGUCGACUUUCCAGUUCACCUACGAAGCAGCUCGCUGGUGACCGGCGUGGAGGCCGUCAGCCCCAAAGACUUUCGAGAUGGCCUCAUCGCUGGCAAAAAGGGCGCUUUCAAAAAGCCGACCACACCCGAGGAGCUACUCGUAGUUCUUAGUCUUGGGAAACAGGAGCACGGGGGCAUACAACCAUGUGGUUCCAUCGAGCAUUACAACAUGGAAGAGGAUGGCGACUGUAUCUGCGUGAAGAUAACGUCAGCUGUCUACCCGCAAGACAUCUGGGACGGAAAGACGCCUUUCGCUACUCUGGCGCGGGUGGCAGCCUACGGUUACUCAGAGCUGAAGAAGGAGUACAGCUUGGACAACCCCAUACCCCGCAUUGCACACUACAUCUGUAUCCAAUGUGAAGUCCCUUUUAUCGCGUUUCUCAGUAUGAAGAGCGCUGUAAACGUCGCAGGACUGAACAAGGUGUACCUGCACGGCGUGAAAGAGCCGCAGGGUAAGUGGUGGGAGAAGCUGAAGGAAGACUCGCGGCUUUGUUUACGUACACCGCGAAUACCCAGAAGCGCUGUACGACAAAGCCAUCAUGACCCACCAGGUGGCGGUAGGCAUCAUGCGGGUGUCCAUCCUGCUGAAGUACGGCGGCGUCUACUGCGACAACAACGUGCUAUGGACUAACCGCAUCCCGGACGAGUACUUCGGCUACUCAGCGGUGGCCAUCGCCAGACUGGCAUCUUCACGGCAACUGGCCGGACUCUGUCAACCACGGGGUGCUGAUGGCCAAGAAGAACGCCAAGUACCUGUUGAAGCUGCGGGGUGUUCUGCAAAAGUAUCGCCAGAACCAGUACUGGUUUAACGACCACUUCAUGGCUUACAAGAUUAUCGAAACCGCCCCUGAGAUCAUCUUCCUGGACAGGCACCUGCAGGUCAAGUGCCUGAACCACAACUGCCACCCCACCUGGCACCCGAACUACAAGUCCGGGCUGACACAGAACAAGCCCGGCGGGCCCUUCAGUUGGCAGAACGACACACUCUCCGUGCACUGGACCGACACCUUCCCAGAGCUGGACCUGGACAUGGUGAAGUACACCAGCGGAAUGAUAGUCGAAGUAUCUCGGCACGUUCUGCAGACCUCUGGCAUCAUCAUACAGGAUCUCCGGUAACGCUAAUAUUCUGCCGUUUGCGUGUGUGAAAUGAACAAAGGCCAACGUUAUGGCGGCUUUGGAAAAAGCGCUUGGGCGACCGAAAAGAUUUGUAAACAAAAAGCGUUCAGCCCGACAUCAGCCAUCCGGAUAACGUGACAGCUUCUGAUUCAGAAAACAAUGGCAUUCUCCUGAAUUUUGUGGUUGAUAACCGAAAACUUAACGACAUGGUGACAAGUAACUCGUGUGAAGGGGAACUGCGAAUGUAUGCAUGACGUGGAGGAUAUCCGACCUCAUGUAAAAAAGAAGCUUUCGCCAGGGACAAAGAGCUGGCUCAGAAAAUAAUAUUCCCUCAAGAGGUUUUCUUGUUCGCGCGUGCUUGGUGAUCAGAGAAACUAGUUUACAUCGUCAUAAUACAUUUGUCGUGUAUCUCAGCCUCAUUAAAAGAUACCAAGUGUCACUCUCUAUUAGCAACAGAUGAUAUUUUUGCACUUUUUAAAAAAAGUCACAUUGUAAACAAAAUGAAAUGUUUUUUGUCUUGGGGACCAAUGCAAAUUUUAAAGUGGCAUUCCACCGUUUUCCCGUAUAUUACAUUUUUUAUAAGCUCUAAAUAAUGUACUUAAUGAACAAGUCUAUACUAGCUGCUUACUCUUUCAGCAACUGAGUGCACAAUUUUGGGGUAAAGGUAUUUUGAUUUUUUGCUUUAUGCAUUUUACGAAGAUGGCUACAUAAAAAUAACCGCUGUGUGACCUUCAGUGGUGUGCAUUACACGAAGGCUUCGUUCUCUCCUCUCUUCGAAGUUUAUAACAAUUUAUGAUUCUUUUUUUUUUUCUGGACGGUGUGGCGUUCAUACAGGGUAUUUUCCUUGCAUCGAGAUUUUUAUACCUUUCCGGGUUCCUUUUAGACAGCUAGCUGUUUUUUUUUUUUUUCCUUUUCCAAUUGAUCAUUAUAAAAUUGAUACAAGGAAGAAUUUGACAGAAAGCUUUGUGCGCAUGAAUGUUCACGUGCCUUUUGUCUGUCGGUGCAAGAUGAUGUGAAUGCGCUAGUUGUAUUUAUUUCAAUAACGUAUUGACACAAAAACCACUUGUGAGUCAAACUGUGUAUAUAUGAUGGGAUAGAGUGAACCCUCACUCAGAUCUUUUGCAAUUAUGACAGGGUUAUUUUUUCUAUGACAGAUGGUCGGUUAGCUGAAGUUUUUACAGCUGAAAAAUGACCUGCUGGUGAUAGAGGCUAGCAGCAAGAUUUGUAGAAGAUGGGCCUGUUCUUUGGAAGGUCUAGUCAGUUGCAGCGAUAGGAGGAGAAGUGAACGAGAAUGGAUGAUCAAAAGACUGAAAAAAGGCUCAUCGUACAGGUGUUCGAAGCGAGUGAGAAAUGCUCCAAGCGUAUCUAUUCCGCUCUUAAGUUGUAUGUUGCAAAAAAGCAAAUAUCUACAGAACAGUUAUUGGUGAAUGGCAAGACAAAAAUGUCAUUCGUUGUAUUGCGAUGUAAAAAGUUGUAUGGCAACAUCGUUCAUCCAAAGUACACCCUGGUGUCGCUAGGAGCACCCAAUCGUCGCACCCUUAACAACAUUUAUUGCGUUUCUCGAUGUUGCUCGUUUGGGAAUCUUCGGUUGGCACAAUAGCCAAUAGGAUAACGCGUAGCAUCUAAAGGCAGUAUCUGCUUAUAGUGACAAAUGUCAUCACACCUAUUACAAGCUAUUAGACACUAGGGUAGGUAGCGUUUAAAACGACUUUUAUAAAGAUUGGUAAAGGUCUAGAAUAAGACAGAUCUUCCAUUACAAUAUUAUUAAUUUUAUACUCCGGACUUCAGCGUACGACGAGCAUUAUAUACUAUGUUACCCAUGUCAUGAUAUUGAACUGUGCUCAUCUCGGUGCAUAAAAAGUGGAAAACUACAUUUAAUUACUACUAGCUGGAAUCAUUAUUUCAGUAAGUUGGUUUUGGACACAUUGGUAAUUGUAAAUUUGUUUUCCAAAUAAAUCGAUUUAUGUUA